AUGACGGACAUGGAGAACGCAACGAGAGCUCCCGAGAGCGACGCGCAGCCGCCGCCGCCGCCGCCGCCGAAGGAUCUGCCGCAGGAUGAGGGCCAGUCCACCUCGGGCUCCGAACUCCUCGAUGACGUUCCUGGCCAGGCAGCUUCGCUCACGGGCGAGCACUGCAUCACGGACCGGCCGACUCGUGCGUUGCCCAAGCUGCCGAGCGGCCAGUCUGCCACUGGCGAGAUCACGAAGCUCGACAACGUCGAUGUCUACGUCUCGAAACCGGCGGAUUACCCUCACGCGCCCGCCCGCCUGCUCCUCCUCCUCACCGGCGGCACCGGCAUCCGGUCGACCAACAACCAGAUCCAAGCCGACAAGUACGCCUCGGCCGGAUACCUCGUCCUCAUGCCCGACCUCUUUGCCGGCGACACGGCGCCGACGGCGGCGACCAUCACCGACGACUCCACGACGCUGCUCGAGCAGGUCAAGAUCAAGGCCGUCGAGGUUACCAAGUCGUUCAUGAUCGACAUGUGGCUGGCGCGCAUCACGGCCGACAAGGUCAUGCCCCUCCUCCACAAGGUCAUCGACACGGCAAAGGACGAGUACGCGGAUGCCGUCAAGCACGGCGAUGGGAUGUACGCCGUCGGCUACUGCGUCGGAGCCAGGUUCGUCCUCCUGCUGGCCAAGGCGGAGCGGCAAGGCGAGCAAGGCGACGGGGCCAAGAAGGGCCCGCACAUCAAGGCGGGCGCCCUCGCGCACGCGGCGUCGGUGGUGCCCGAUGACUUCAAGGACCUCGAGGUGCCGCUGAGCUUGAUCUGCGUCGAGAACGACCCGCUGUUCCCGGACGCCGUGCGGUCGGCGGGCGAGGAGGUCAUGUCGACGGCCAACCUCGAGCACGAGGUCAAGGUGUACCCUGGCGUACCACACGGUUUCGCCGUCGUCGGUUCCUACGCCGACAGCGCCAUCGGCGAGGCCCAGGCGGCGGCGUACGAGCAGAUGCUCAGCUGGAUUCAGGAACAUUGA